AUGAAGCUCUCUUUCAGGGAUCUGAAGCAGAAUAAAUUCAUAAUCGAGGCCGAGCCAUCAGAUCUGAUUUCAACACUUAAGGCGAAAAUAGCGGAGGAAAAAGGAUGGGAUGCUUCAACCCAGAAGUUGAUCUACUCUGGAAAAAUACUUCAGGAUGCUAAUACCGUCGAGUCCUAUAAUAUCGAGGAGAGAGGCUUUAUAGUCUGCAUGACUGCUAAGCCCAAGGCGAUUCCACCUAUACCAGCAUCUACCGCCAAGGCUCCCUCGACUCCAAUACCCAAUAACACGUUAUCAACGCCAGCAGCCCCAUCUCAGCCGACUGCAUCAGGAAAUGAAAAUAUUCAAGCUGCAACAUCAUCUCCCACCGCAAACACACAAAAUGCCGACUCCAAUUCUUCAGUUGGUCCAGCCACAUCAGGAUUAUCCAUGGGGGUAGAAAGAGAUGCACAAAUUGCUGGUCUGGAAAGCAUGGGUUUUGAGCGCUCACAAAUUGACGCGGCCAUGCGUGCGGCGUUUUUCAAUUCUGAGCGAGCCGUUGAAUAUCUCCUCAAUGGUAUACCUGAUAGUGUUUCAUCGACAUCAAAUCCACCGGCUGCAAACCCUGCUGCUCCGGCCGCUGUUCCCAGCGUUGAGGCCGAAGAUGCGCCCAGAAAUCUCUUUGACGCAGCAGCAGCACUCGGCUACGGAGCUGGACCACGGAGUGGUGCCUCUCGCGGUGCAUCAAAUCCAUUGAGUAAUGCGGGAACUGGUACUAGCGCUAAUCCUGGUGGGCUAGGAAACCUUGAUUUCUUACGAAACAAUCCUCAGUUUCAACAACUUCGUCAGGUUGUUCAACAACAACCCCAAAUGCUAGAGCCUUUGCUGCAACAAGUUGGUGCGGGAAAUCCACAACUAGCAGCGUUGAUAGGAGAUCAUUCCCAACAGUUCCUCCAAUUAUUGAGCGAGGAUGCUGAAGGCGAUACACCUCUUCCACCCGGAGCUCAGUCGAUUAGUGUGACCGAAGACGAACGUGCUGCUAUUGAACGACUUUGCUUAUUAGGAUUUCCUCGUGACAUGGCAAUUCAAGCCUACUUUGCCUUUGAUAAAAAUGAAGAGCUAGCGGCAAACUUUCUUUUUGACCAGCCGGAUGAUGAAGAGCAAUGA